AAACACGAUUAACUUCCGAGUGCGAGCUAAGUGGCUACACGGACUCGGAUUUGGUUAAUUUUUUUUGACUGAAUUUACAGAAAUCAACUGAUUUGAAGGUACGUCAGGAACAUCAGUAGGCGCUCUGGACGCUUUGGCAAUGAGUGUGGUGAAGGCAGAAGACGUGAAGAGGGGCAUCGCUGUGAUUUGGGAGAACCUGCAGUGUCCGAUAUGUUUGGAUUUGAUGAGCGAACCCGUUUCGACCCAGUGUGACCACCAGUUCUGCAAGUUCUGCAUGACCAAACUGCUGGAGCGGAAUAAGAGGAAGGAAACCAGCUGCCCUGUGUGUAAGACGAAGGUCACCAAGAGGAGUCUGAAGGAAAGUCCAGGUUUCCAGAAACUGGUAGAAGGCCUCCGAAAUUUAGUCUGUUCAUACGAAAUUGAUACGCGAACAAACUAUUUCACUGGCUUGCCAAAGAGGAGACAUGGCGCUAGUGUUGAGACAGAGUCCAGAGAUCAGCAGGGCAGUGGAGAGAAUACGACCUCCGAGGGCACUGUGACUGAGAAAGAAGCGACUAUUUCCUCUACAGCAGCAGCUAAAGAUGCUUUCGCAAAACUCAUGUGUCUUGAGGAUUCAUGUCCUGCAACUUUAGUAAAAGAUCGCUCAGACAGCAGUCUUGCUGAUUUGCCACAAAAGUCAGAAACAAACCUUGCAGUUCCUGAAGACGUUCUACCGCGAGCAGAAGCCAGCGAUUCACCAACACAGCAGGAUGUUGCUCCAUAUGAAGUAAAACAUUCCUGCAGACGAUCUAAAAGGCUUUGUUUGGAUCCAGACAGAAUUAUGGAUAAGCGAGAGAAGAAAAGUGUGCAGAAAGUGUCUGAGUGGUUGCUGAAGAUUUCUCCGGUUUCUGACGCCCAAGCUGAACACAGUGCUGAAGGAGAUUUUCCGAAGUUCACAGACAGCGAUGCUGAAAAGGAGAGUACAGCUUCAGGUGUGUCAACGGAGAUCAACAAUUCUGCUCACGGUAAAGCUGAUGCAAGUCCUAUAAGGGAAGUGCUAUGUAGAGGUCUGGAAGAACAAGUGUUUGGUGCGGUGUAUAAACGAGAGCGCAAAGUUAUCAAGAGUAAAGUUGCCAAAAGUUUCUCUCCUGUACAAGAGAUCGCUCCUGUCGUUCGUUAUGGAAAUCUAUCGGAAAAGGCUGAAAAGGUCGAGAUACCCCAGAGGAGGUCGAGCCGUAGGUUGAAUUCAGCUGACUUCAUUAGGAAGACAUCAAAUAAAGAUACAGAAGAUGGAUUAGAUCAAGAGGAAGUUGAUGAAGGAAGCAACCAAGAAAAUGGCAACACGCCGUUAAGGUCCUCAGGCAAGCAGGAAAGGGUGCAGAGUGGUCCUGAUAAAAAUGCUGAACUUACUGAAGAUAGUCCAGCAUUUGCGGUACCUCUGAGGAAAAGAGGGCGGAGAUCAAAGAUGCAGGAUGUUUGGAAAGAUGUGGACUGUGAAUUGACUGAAAACGAAAGCAACACCAACAACAAGAAAGAUCGGAAGAGACGGAUCACUCGGAGCACUCAUGACACUACUAAAGAUGACAAUUUGGAGAGAUGCAAAAAUGCCAAAUAUGCAAAGUCCCUUGCUCUAGUAAGUGCUGGAGCUGAAAUUGUUGAGCUGAGUAAGGUCCCAAGUAAUCUCAAUUUAAUCGAGACAGAAGUUAAUAUUGAAAGUUAUCCUAGUAGUGCAGAGAUGAAGUCUCCUGAUGCUCGGAAAACCAGACGAAGCCUAAGGCUGCAGGAGUUCACUGCGGAGGUUCAAGGUCUUCCGAGAAGAAGACGAUCUAAACAAGCUCACCCAAAACCUGCUGACGGACCUGAAAAUAAUCCAUCUGCUAAUUUGGAUGAGCCAAGUGCCAAGACUGCUCAUCUUGGUACAAGUCAUAUUAAUGAUUCUCAGAGCGAAAAAACAGAAUGGUCCAUGAGGAGAAAUGGUUGUGUUUACAAUGAUAACUUUGAAAACAUUGAAAUCAUGCAGUCCAGUGACGAUGUGGCUGCUCUGUCUAUAGCUGAAGAAAAUUCACACUUUUCUGUUGUCCCAGACUCUGUGGAUCACAUUCUCCCUUGUUCUACCAAAGCUGCAAACAUGUCAAGUCCCUUAGCAGCUCUGGUUCCAGAAUCGUUACCACAGAAAUAUCAGGAAUCACCAUCUACAAAAACGCUGAAGCUUGCUGUUGAGCACAAAGUUACUGAGCAAGAUGAUGAUACCAAUGAUAGUGAACUUGACACAGAGCAACUCAUGAAGACCUUCAAAGCCACCAAGAGAAAAUCCUUCGACCUGGGUAGUCCCAGAACUUCACACUCCAGAACCCAAGAGAAAUCCCUUACUCAGAUUUUAGAGGAAGAGAAGCAAGAGAACGUAGAUUUAACAGAGACACCAGGGAUCUCUCUGAAUAUUGAUCAAGUUCUGCCCCCAAAUCCAUCUGAGGUAUCAGCUCAUGAGAUAAUGUCUCAAAACUCUCAAAGCGGUAUUGCAGAUGUUGCAAGUGUCAGUCUUCUUCAGGUAAAAUCAACCACUCUUCCAAAGGACACCCAGAAACACAAUUCGAUCAGCACCUCAGGUGCCAGUGACAAACCUGAGAUGGUUGCAAAUUCUCAAGAUUACUCAAGAUCGCAAGAUUCCAGGCCUUCAGUCAAGGUUGACCUUGCAAAUUCUGUCCAGCUUUUCUCUACAAGCCCAACCCAAAAAGAAACACAAAUCUCUCAUAACAAGGAAUCAACAAAGUCUCCAAAUUCUUCAGAAAUUCAAGGUUGCAAAGUCACCAGCAUUCCAUUGGGACCCAUGACCAGCUCUGAAACUCAGUGUAAUAAUUUUGAGUCCUCAGUCACCCCAGAUGGCCUUGUACCAAAUGGUCCUGAGGUUCAGCUAAUAGAACCUGAAACCAAUCAUAACUUGGAUAAGCUGGAUGAAGGAGAAUUUAAUUCUCAGCCAUGUUUGCGGAGGAAGAGGAAGCCCCAGAGGCUGGAGUCUUCAGAUUCUGAAUCCAGUGUUGAGGAUGAUGACCUGCCCCCACUCGCCCAAAUAUUUAAAUCUCCACAUCUGUCCUCAUCUUCUGCCAAAGAGCCAGUGAAAAACUCUUUAAACCAAAAUAGGCUUCAAGUUGAAGAACAAAACACAAUGGCAGGUUUAGUCCCUGCAAGUCAGGAUAGUCGCUCUCACAGCGAACCAGAAGGUCGGUCAAAUUCUUCAAGCCAGUGCGUUGCCCCUUAUCAGAAACAGAAAUCUCUUCAAGAUGUAAAUUCUAAUGAUGUACGAGAUGGUGGUAUUUCUGACCCUGCUUGCAUGGAUGAGUGGAUUACUUCUAGUCAAGGAUCCGUGGAUCUGUUUGGGACACCACAAGAAUCUGAAGACGUAGCUGGUGGUGCUGAAGACGUAGCUGGUGGUGCUGAAGACGUAGCUGGUGGUGCUGAAGACGUAGCUGGUGGUGCUGAAGACGUAGCUGGUGGUGCUGAAGACGUAGCUGGUGGUGCUGAAGACGUAGCUGGUGGUGCUGAAGACGUAGCUGGUGGUGCUGAAGACGUAGCUGGUGGUGCUGAAGACGUAGCUGGUGGUGCUGAAGACGUAGCUGGUGGCAAAACAGGGCAUUCCAUCGAGUCGUCUCAAUGCACCAGUGAGAUUAUUACCACUCAGCAGAGAGACGAGAUGCAGCAGGAGUUACACAGGUUGGAGAGAAUGAUGGCUUUAGUGACUGAGGCUCUCCAGAAGAAAGGCGGGGACUUGGACAAUACAAAUAAGACAGAGGAUGUCAAUCAGCACCCGGGUAUAAACACAGGGCCGCGGAGAAGUCAGCGAUCCUGUAAACGUGGAAGGCAGUUGUCUCAGAGAUCAGAGGUCAAAGGUCAGCGUGCUGCGGCUGAGGAUUCGACCGUCGAUGUGAUGGACGAGAAGAAGCCGAACGAGCUGAAGGGAGAAACUCUGCGAUGUAAAACAGGUAGCGGAGGCAGAACGGAGCUGGUGGCGUCGGGGCUUAGUGCUGCUGAACAGGGCCUGUUGAAGAAAUUUGCAAGGAAGAUGAAGGCUGGUGUAAGCAGUCAUGUCACUCCCACUACAACUCACAUCAUCAUCAAGACAGACGGAGACUUGGUGUGUGAGCGAACGCUGAAGUACUUCCAGGGAAUUGCCGGCAGGAAGUGGGUGGUGAGCUUCCUGUGGAUCUCUGAGUGCUUCAAACACGGCAAACUUCUGUCUGAAGAUCCAUACGAGGUUUGCGGUGAUGUUGUUAACGGACGCGACCACAAAGGACCCCAAAAAGCCCGAAUCGCUCCAGAAAAUAACCUGCUGAUGAAAGGAUGUGAGAUCUGCUUCCAGGGCUCCUUCACAGAUAUGACCACAGACCAGAUGGAGGUCAUGGUGGAGUUGUGUGGCGCUACAGUGGUGAAAGAUCCGCUGAUGUUCUCCAGAAAGAAUAUCUGUUAUCAGCUGGUGGUGGUUCAGCCCGACCCUGAUGACUCUCAGUCAUAUUAUGCAGCUCUACAGAGAAAAGCCACUGUAGUGACUCGGAGUUGGUUGUUAGAUUCCGUUGCCACAUACACGCUCCAAAAUCCACGUGAUUAUAAACCGUGAUGAUGAUGAGGAUGAUGUUUAUAUUUUUUCUUCUGUUUCUCUCUCUGCUUGUUUUUUAAACAAGAUCUCCUCUCCUUGCCUGCACUUUACUUGCACAGAGCUUCGUUCAUCACUACGUUUCUUUUCACUUUAGUUUACUUACAGUUUUAACGUGUAUGCUGUAAAUAAGAUUUUCUCCCUGUACAUUUCAGUAUAAAACUUUCAACAGGUGACGUGUGCUUGGCAACUUAUUACUUUUUUUUUUUUGCAUUGCAGUAUACUUUGGAAAACACGUACACACGCAAACACACACACACACACAUAUACACAUUUCUGUUGCGCUUUUGCUUGCUCAGAGUUUCUCUCUCUGACACGGCCAUUAAUAAUAAAAGCUUUAGAGUUUCCUCCUUCGGCCCCGGGGGAACUGUAAAAGCACAGUCUCACGGGUUCUCCAUCCAUCCACUAUCAAUCUGUCCAUCCCUUCUGUAAACAACCCUCUCUUUCUCAUUCCCCCCUUCUUUAUCAGCAUCAUUGCUCAAAUUCCUGAAACUUUUUCCUUUCGUCUAAGUGAAACUGAGGAGGUUGGAUUGCUCUGAGCUCAUCAUUUUUCCGCUGUCAGAUUUUUAUCGCAGUGUAGAUAUCAGUUUCUGGAUUUUAUUGCAGAUCAGCAUCAGGAACACUUUCUCGCUCCACCAUCCGUGGUCCUAAAAGAGCCUCAGUAAACAGAUGAUGCUAUAAAAUGGGAUAAAUCUGCUUACCGGGGCCUUUACUGUGUUUGUGGUUCUUUUAUACGUUUACAGCUUUACCUCAGACUGCUACAAAAUGCUGACAAUGGAGACUCCUUCCAUAGUAAAUAAACACCACGUCACUAAUGUCCUUGUGAGUGAGCUGUUACUAUGGAAACCUAUUAGAAUGAGGGCAUUAAUAUAAAUGUCUUCUAUUGUCAGAGCAGCAAUUAUACAGCAUUAAUCAACACCUUCUGACCUAUUGGAAUCCAUUAUUUAGUUGUGUAACUUAAUAAUGGAUGAGUAGAGAGAGAGAGAGAGAGUCGGAGGGCAAACAGUGAGAUGUAAUGAGACGCAGGGAGUGUUGAUCUGAGAUGUGAGAGUUUAUUUUAUAUGGCUUCCAGGCGGCCCUGAGCAUGUCCUCGGCACAGCUGUCUGUAGUGCUCCUUCUAUUUAAAAUAUACAUCACACACACACACACACACACACACACACACACACACACAGCACUGCUCACAGUCACUCCUCCACACUCACUGACAUGCUCAAACCAAGAACCUAGCCGGCGGAUGUGGUUCAAAACCAGAGCGUGUUGAGGAACUGUGAAGCUCUCGCUUUAUCCAGAUCCCAUGUUUGUCCUGAUGUACAAAUGAAAUAGACUCACACACACACACAGAGAGUCUGAUGAUGCAAGUUCUUAUUGGAAUAAAGUUGAAGCAAAGGUUUGGUGAAGGUGAGACAGGUUUCUGGAGCAUGAGCAGACCCGUGAGCCACAGUGAAGCUGUGAAACACCUCAAGGCAAAGAGGUGUGAGAUCUCUGAGGGUCUCCAGAUCUCAGGUUUAUAUCGGUGCACUCGGUCGAAUACGCCGCGGUUUCUAUAGUAACGGCUUGUUCACUGGGACAUGUAGCAUUUAAAAAGCCUGUGGAGUCGAUGAACGAGUGAAGGCUUCUGUAAGAAGACAUUUAUUUAGUGUUUGUGGAAGGAGCCUCCAGUGUCAGGGAAGGAAUACCUGGUAUUAAUACAAUUAAAUCUGAAAAAUCUGUUCAAGAGGAUUAAUGCAGCUGAGGAUGUGAUGCUGGAGGAAACGGAGACACAAACACUUCAUCUCUCCAACCUGUUGUUGAUUAUUUUUCUACGACAGCACCACACACACUGUUUUAUUGCUUACACUGUGUUCGUUUUAUACAAAUCUUGUUACUGUUGCCAUAUGAACACACACUGGAACACAUCCUCACACUGACGUGAGGUGACAUGGCGAUGUGUUAGUUCAGGUGCGAUGGAGUCAGAACUCCUCAUGGACUCGGCCUUUUGGAUCCGCCUGCAGCUGUGAUCUAGAGACUGUGUGUGAGUCGGGCAUUGUAAUGACUCAGGUGUUGUGCAGUAAAAGGUGAUUUCCCGACCACAAGUUGUGCAUUGCGACACACAUAUACACACACAGUCUCUUUAUGCUUCAGGUAGAAUGCAUUCCCAGAGCAAUAACAAGUCUUGUCAGUCUCUCUCUCACACACACUCAGCAGGAGGAGGAUAUUUCCUGCCAAGAGCAUGAAUUUCCUGCUAAAUAAUUGAAUACGGCUCAAGUGUAAACAGCAAGAGAGAGGAAUCAGACAGGAGCGAGACAAGCACCGGCCAUAUUUCCGUCCUGUUUUAAUGCAAAUUUUGAAAGUGUGUAUAAUAAAUAAUGAAUGGAAACAGCAGACAUUCAAGAAACUAUUACAGCUACAGAAAGGAU